ACUCCGCCUUCCUCUCACCGGGCGAACCCGGAAGUGGAGGAGGAGGUGCGGCGGUGGUGGCAGAGCGGGCAGGCUCUGGCGGAACCGUACCAGGCAGCGUGUCUGGGGUUGGGGGCGAGGGGGCGGGGCUGAGCGGCCUGGGCAUCCUGGCCUGGACGGGGCGGGGGAGGCCAUGGCCUCGGCAGAGUUGCAGGGGAAAUACCAGAAGCUGGCUCAGGAGUAUUCGAAGCUUCGGGCUCAGAAUCAGGUCUUGAAAAAAGGUGUCGUGGAUGAACAAGCAAAUUCUGCUGCUUUAAAGGAACAACUGAAAAUGAAGGAUCAAUCACUGAGAAAACUACAGCAGGAAAUGGAUAGUUUGACAUUCCGAAAUCUGCAGCUUGCCAAGAGAGUAGAGCUACUUCAAGAUGAGCUGGCUCUAAGUGAACCCCGAGGCAAGAAAAACAAGAAAAGUGGAGAAUCUUCUUCUCAGUUGAGUCAAGAGCAGAAGAGUGUCUUUGAUGAAGACCUGCAAAAGAAGAUAGAAGAGAAUGAACGGUUGCACAUACAAUUUUUUGAAGCUGAUGAGCAGCACAAGCACGUGGAAGCAGAGCUAAGGAGUCGGCUGGCCACUCUGGAGAUGGAAGCGGCCCAGCACCAAGCUGUGGUCGAUGGCCUGACCCGGAAGUACAUGGAAACCAUCGAGAAGCUGCAGAACGACAAGGCUAAACUAGAGGUAAAAUCUCAGACUCUAGAAAAGGAGGCCAAGGAAUGUCGACUUCGGACAGAAGAAUGUCAGUUACAGUUAAAGAAUCUUCAUGAAGAUUUGUCAAGUAGAUUAGAGGAAUCCUUAUCAAUCAUCAAUGAAAAAGUACCUUUUAAUGAUACAAAAUAUAGUCAGUAUAAUGCUCUGAACGUUCCAGUCCACAAUAGGAGACAUCAGCUGAAGAUGCGGGAUAUCGCUGGGCAGGCCCUGGCUUUUGUUCAAGAUCUCGUCAAGGGUCUUCUGAACUUUCACACCUAUACAGAACAGAGGAUUCAGAUUUUUCCUGUUGAUUCUGCCAUUGACACUAUAUCUCCAUUGAAUCAGAAGUUCUCACAGUAUCUUCAUGAAAAUGCAUCCUAUGUCCGCCCUCUUGAGGAAGGAAUGCUUCAUUUAUUUGAAAGUAUUACUGAGGAUACUGUGACUGUCCUGGAGACAACUGUGAAAUUGAAAACUUUUUCAGAGCAUUUAACCUCUUACAUAUGUUUUCUUAGGAAGAUUCUUCCUUAUCAGUUAAAAAGUUUAGAAGAAGAAUGUGAAGCUUCCCUUUGCACGUCUGCAUUACGAGCCAGGAAUCUAGAGCUGUCCCAGGACAUGAAAAAGAUGACAGCUGUGUUUGAGAAGCUGCAGACUUACAUUGGUCUUCUCGCCUUGCCAAGUACGGAGCCAGAUGGACUCCUUCGGGCAAACUACAGUUCUGUCUUAACAAAUGUUGGUGCUGCUCUGCAUGGAUUUCAUGAUGUCAUGAAAGAUAUUUCCAAACAUUAUAGUCAAAAGGCUACAAUAGAGCAUGAACUUCCAACAGCAACACAGAAGCUCAUAACAACUAAUGAUUGCAUCCUGUCAUCAGUAGUGGCAUUGACAAAUGGAGCAGGAAAGAUUGCAUCUUUCUUCAGCAACAACGUGGACUACUUCAUUGCUUCCCUGAGCUACGGGCCUAAGACAGCGAGUGGAUUCAUCAGUCCUCUCUCAGCUGAAUGCAUGCUGCAAUACAAGAAAAAAGCUGCUGCCUAUAUGAAGGCUUUGAGAAAGCCCCUCUUGGAAUCUGUGCCUUAUGAAGAAGCACUGGCAAACCGCCGGGUCCUUCUCAGCUCUACUGAAAGUCGAGAAGGCCUUGCACAACAGGUUCAGCAGAGUUUGGAGAAGAUUUCUAAACUGGAGCAGGAAAAAGAACAUUGGAUGUUGGAAGCACAGUUAGCUAAAAUCAAGCUGGAGAAAGAAAACCAGCGAACUGCAGAUAAACUGAAGAGCACAAGUAGUGGGCAGGUGGUUGGAGUAGCCCAGGAAGGGGCCGCCGUGGUGACCGCUGCGGGCCAGGAAGAUGCGUCUGCCAAGGCUGUGCCAGUGCCCGUUCACAGCACUAGUUUGAUUGGGAUUUUAACCAGGACGUCUGACAGUGAGGCUCCAGAUGUGGAAUCUCGGGAAGACUUAAUUAGAAAUCACUACAUGGCAAGGAUAGUGGAACUGACGUCUCAGCUGCAGCUGGCUGAUAGCAAGUCAGUGCAUUUUUAUGCUGAGUGCCGAGCACUCUCUAAAAGACUGGCCUUGGCUGAAAAGUCUAAAGAGGCACUGGCAGAAGAGAUGAAAGCAGCCAGUCAGAACAACAGCAGACUUCAGGAUGAGCUGACAACUACCAAGAGGAGUUAUGAGGAUCAGUUAAGUAUGAUGAGCGACCACCUGUGCAGCAUGAACGAGACACUAUCUAAACAGAGAGAAGAGAUUGACACACUAAAGAUGUCUAGUAAGGGGAAUUCUAAAAAGAACAAGAGUCGAUAGUUUACAGAGAGCUGGUUGGUGACUUCUUUGCAGAGCUGCUACUGCUGCGCGGAGCUGCGGGGCCGAGACUCCACGUCCAGGGCUGGCCGCCUUCAGGAAGCUGGAGUGUUGUUGGACCUCGUAAAGUAGUCAGUGUUGUAAAUGGCCUUGAAGUAUUUAAAAUAUAUUUGUAACCAGUAAGGUAAAUCCAGAAUUUGAUGUUGACAGUAAAACGGAAAACAGUACACAUACCAUGGAUAUUGUAGGUUUCCUUAUGCUGUUUUUACUGUGCACUUUUUAAAAUUAGGCUUUAAUUUCAGUAUGUAAGAACAACAAAUAUUUUGUAUAUUUUCAAACUCAGUGAUAUGGUAAUCAAUUUGGUAUCUGUGGAAUAGGUAUGUGUUUCUGGAUAAAAUGCUUAAAUUGUCAAACUGUCAUUAAUUCUUACUGUAAUUGAAAGCAGUUUCCAAUUCUUUUUGAUGACUUGUUCAUUCUCUCUCUCUCUCCCUCCCUCUCUCCUGCUCUCUCUGUCUGUUCUGGAGGGAGUGGGCCUUGAAAACUUCAGAUCUUGUGGGUUUAUUAUCAUUGUCUUCAGCUCUUCAGUACCCUCUCUGUGUUGGAAUAAUAGCUUAAGGAAAUUGAUGUCAAUAAAUUCGUACUUAUAUCAAACUUUCAGUCUCUCUAUGAAAAUCUGAUGAAGGAAACUAAAACUUAUUAAAGUAAGCUUCACAAAAUUACCAAAUCCCAAUUGAUUUUGAGAUAAUCUUUCUAAUCCCCCAAAUUGGAAUAAUUGUACAGUUAAUCCUUUAUUAAGGCUUUGAGUACCUCCCAAGGUACUUGUAACCAUGCUUCAAGCAAGGACCCUGAGCCCUUUCAGGCUCCUCUUGGUUUCUUUCAUAAACAUUGUGUCAUUUCAGUGUAUAUUUCACGGGUGAAAUUUUUCCCAGCACCUCCAUCCCCAAGUCUCUAAAUAUAUUGCUCCUUUCUUCUGAGUUUCCUGCACAUGCCCAUUUCACUCCAGGUCCAAGUCCCCAGACUAGGUCCGCAGACCUGAAACCCCUUCUUCCUCACCUCCCUGCCUGCAGCUUCAUCUCCUUUGAGCCUCUUCUCUAGGCAGUUGCUAGUCACCCUCCAAAAAUGCUUUAUUCUGUUUCACCUGAGAGCUCAUCACCAGCUUCCCUCCGUGCUCAACAUAAAGGCCAACUGCUUGGCCUCUGGGCCACUGUAGAGGCAGACUCUGGUGGUUGUGCCCAGUCCCCAUAGUAUGAAAGUGUUUGAAUCCUGUCUCGGGGAUCUCUGGGUCAGUCAGCUCAGUCCCAUCCUCCCGGCCCUUUGAGUCCCUAGCCCCUUUGCCCUUUCCGUUUUCUGUGACCUGCUCAUUUUAAUUCUCCAUCAACUGGACCAGCUGUUUUCACUGCAGCUGCACCUAAGCCCCCAAGCACCGUGCUGAUUAGCUCCACUGUAAACCUAGAGUUUCCCGCUCCUGCUAGACCUUCAGUGUUCUGUGAUGCUGCAUUUGGAAUUUCUGGUCCAUUUCUAUUCCUCCUUUGGAGAGUUUGGGAUGAAGGAGUGUCCUCAUCUGGCUUAUGUUUUAGUGGAAUUGUGGGCUGCUAUGCUGAGAAUAGAUUGUAGGGGAGCAACGGCGGAAGCAGACAGACAAGUUGGGAAGCUACUGCAGUAGCAGGAGGCUGUUGAGAGAUGAUGGUAGCCUGGACCGUGCUGGUGGUAGUGGAAGUUGUGUGAAGUCUAUUUCUGGAUUUAUUUUGAAGAGAGUGGUUAGGAAUUGCUGAAAUUGCAACUCUUUCCCCCAUACACUUCUAUUACUCUUCUCUGCCUUGUUUUACUCCUAAUAUUGGUUUGGCCAAAAAGUUCAUUUGGGUCUUUCCAUAACAUCUUAUGGAAAGGCCCGAACGAACUUUUUGGCCAACCCAAUACUUAUCAGAAUCUAACAUACCAUAUGCUUUGCUUAUUUAUCUUAUUUAUUGCCUGUUUCCAGGCAAUUUAUUGCCUGUUUCUUCUAGAAGGUACAGCUCCACGAAGGCAGGGUUUUGGUCUAGUUUGUUCACUGCCAUCUUCCCCUGUACCUGGAACACUGCCUGGCAUUCAGUGAGCAUUUAUUUGUUGAAUGAAUGUUGACUGGGCGGAAUGUGGAGUGUGAGAGAAAGAGGAGUCAAAGGUGAAGCCAAGGAUUUUGACCUGAACAAACCUGACUGAGAGGGAGGGUCGAGCUAGCUUCCACCUGGUUGUGACUUAGCUGAACACCUGGGAAUCACCUUGGAUUGCUCCUCGCCUGGCACGUCUCAUUUGCUUAUCUUGUCCUACUGAAUCUUCCUGCCUUUGCAUAUCUCUCCAUUCUAACCUCUCCUUAUUCGAUACCUUAAAUCAAGUCCUGGCUCCCUGCGUCUGGAUGACUCGUCUUCCUGUUCUCCAGACCUCCCGCCCCUUUUACCAGACUCUUCCUGAAACAUAUCUCUGCAGAGCUGUUUCCCUGUUGGAAGGAAGGCCUUCACAGUGGCCCCUCAUUGCCCACUGGGUGCGAUUUGGCUGUAGCGUGUACAAAUGAGACAUGUACGCUGACCGUCGCUCGCUUUCUCCUCGUUCUCCUCCAAGCACCCAGUGUACUCUCCCUCUGCCUUUCUGAAACUCCUCAGACCUCUGGGUCAGGAAGAGUUUCACUUCUCUUGAGACAUGGGCCUGUUUUUCUAAGUUCACUUCUCCUGAGACGUGGACCUGUCCUGUUUUCACAUUUACAGAGAAAAUGUGAAUCUUGGGUUGCGUCCCUCUUGCCUUUGGUGGCUGGGACUUGUAUCUCCUACCAGCCGUGAGCUGCCAGAGCUCCCAGACCAGGCACCCUUAUCACCCUGCUUGGUGGCUGGUCCCACAGACCUGCAGGCUGUACUUGUGGACUGCUCGGCCACUCUGUAAGGGUCAGUGCCUCUGGGAGAUUUCCUAGGGUUCCCUGAGGGACAGGGCAGGACUGUAGAGGGUGCAGUUCGUUUCCUGACAAAAUUGUCCCCUUUUAACUUAACUGCUAAGAUCUUUACUCUCUUGGCAGAAUCUCUUGCCAAGGCAUAUAGUGACCACCAUUUGUUAGCCAUUUACUUAAGUCAGGCAUGGGUAAGACUUGACAGGACUUACUUCAUUGGAACCUCCAAUAAUUGUAUCUCAUUGGUGCUAUUACUGUCCGCAUUGUAUAGACAGAAAACUACAGCUUAGAGAGGCUCAGCAGUUUGCCCACAGUCACACAGCUAGUACGUGUAGGGCCGGGACUCAGAUCCAGGCUAGUCUGAUUCCAGAGCAUGGGUUAUUCACUGCUGUGGUGUGAGCCUUUUACAUCAGGGGCAUUCAGUUCUAUUCCUACAGGCACUGUUGGUAUAUAUUUGGAGGAUAAAAUAUUAAAGUUCUCAGUAACUCCUAUACUUCAUUCAACUUUCCCUUCCCAUGUCUUCAUUAAGUAUCCCUACCCCUUCUUUCAGCAUUUAUUUAGCUUCUUGGGCUAAUGGCCCGGGUACAAGGUUUGCUUUUGACAUGAGUUUUUUCUUCUCUGACACUUACUUUUUAUUUUCUUGAAUUUUAUUUUAGUUAUUUUUUUAUACAGCAGGUUCUUAUUAGUCAUCCAUUUUAUACAAAUCAGUAUAUACGUGUCAAUCCCAAUCUCCCAAUUCAUCCCACCACCACCUGCCCCCUGCAACUUUCCCCCCUUGGUGUCCAUACAGUUGUUCUCUACAUCUGUGUCUCUAUUUCUGCCCUGCAAACCGGUUCAUCUGUACCAUUUUUCUAGGUUCCACAUAUAUGCAUUAAUAUACGAUAUUUGUUUUUCUGACUUACUCUGUAUGACAGUCUCUAGAUCCAUCCAUGUCUUGACAAAUGACCCAAUUUCAUUCCUUUUUAUGGCUGAGUAAUAUUCCAUUGUAUAUAUGUACCACAGCUUCUUUAUCCAUUCGUCUGUCGAUGGGCAUUUAGGUUGCUUCCAUGACCUGGCUAUUGUAAAUAGUGCUGCAGUGAACUUGGGGUGCAUGCGUCUUUUUGAAUUAUGGUUUUCUCUGUCUGACCCUUAUUUUUAUUUAUGUGUUCCCUGUUACACAAACCUUCCCAACUACCAAAUUCUGAAUUUAAUAAAUUUAUGCCAU